AAAGGUGGAAUCGCCCACCCAGGCGCCCCCAACUACCAUGUCAAAUUCAUAAGUAGUUAACGAGAAUGAUCUCUUACCAUCAUAAUGAUUCAUACAUGAUGCGAUUACUGAAUUGUGGGUUUUAUUAACCCUUUCGGAACUUGGGCCUAACUCAUGCCCAGGGACACGAUGGAGCAAUAUGGACGUGUUCAAUUGAUUUGGGAAUCUUCUAACACUUUUAAGUGCAUGUGUUCUUCCACACGAGUUUGUACCUUAUGCGUUGCUGGCUUGUUGCAUUUACUGUACAAAUCUUUACGUAAAGUAAAAAGCAAGGGAAGUUUAUUGUGCCAUUUUGAUUUUAUCUAUUUAUUUAGAGGUAAAAUAUUGUUUGGAGCUAAAGGGUAAUUCACACUUUGCACCCCUAAAAAGAGAAUAAUUAUCACUUUGUACUCUCAAAAAGCAAAACAAUACUAAAAAUGCACCCUUAAAGAUAGAUAAGCUACUCCAAAGGGCUCCCUAACAAAAUACUAAAGCACUCUUUUUCCUUUCAAAACCUCAACCAAAAUAAGUUGUAUGCUGGCAAUGAGUGUGGCCGACUGACCGGAGCUUUUAAUUGAGCAACAAGAUUUUUGUUUGGGAGGGAAAAAGAAGGGCUUAGACGGAAAUACACCUUGGCUAGUUUGAAGUGUUUUAAUUUUUGCAUAAAACUAGAUAGGGAAUGUGCGAAAGUGCUCUUUGGGGUGUUAAUCUUUUUGAGGGUGCAUUUAUUAAAUCUAUUGGUAUGAGGGUGUAAGGUGAUAAUUAUUCUAAUUUUAGGCGCGUCAAGUGUGAAUUACUCGACGCUAAGACAUUGUUAGGAAUGACUCUUUCAAUUCCAUCGAUGCUAGAUAAUUAUUUCUUUUCCAUAUUUUUUUAGAUCAAAUUUCUUUUCCAUAUUAAUAUUUAAUGUUAGGUGAAAUGUGCUAACUAGCUUUUAGUAAUGAAGACUCUCCAUUAAGUUUAAUUGACCACAACCACUCUGUUUUUAUAGGGGUAAGGUUGCAUUCAUCUUGAUCCCCUAGAUCCCAGUUGAGUUGGGAUUAUACUGGGUUUGCCAAUGUUGUAGCCUUGAUGUAGCAAUGUUGAAUAAUAUCACUCGUCUUUCCUAGGCCCUACUCUUGUGGGAUCUAGCUGGGUUAUUGUUGUUAAUUGUUAGAAUUUAUAAUGGGAUAGAGAUCAAGGGACUAAGGCACUAAGCCAUAUAACACUUUGGUUGAACCACAUUAAAAGAUUGAAUUCAAUCAAUUACUUAGUUCAACUCAAGAGCUUAUAUGCGGAUUACUUUUCUAUUCAACUUCUUAUGUAGGCUAGACUCUAAUGCUCUCUCUCAAGUGGACAACCGGCCCAUUUUAAAUCUAACUGCUUGACAACUUGCAAAUAAAUUCUCAUCCCUUGAUUUUUUUAGUGCCAACACCUAAUGGACCAUGAGCUGCUGGGAUUGGACUUCCAAACGAGCAAUCCACAAGCUUUUGGAUAUACAUUCCACAUGGACAACUAGGCUAUAGACUAGGGCCGCUAGGAAUGAACGACUAGACGAACACCUUAACAAAUCAGGGCAGUAGAUUAUCGACACAGGUGGGUCUUGUGCUGUUUCGGACUUCAUUGUAACGUUAAGAUUACACAAGAUUGUUAAUUAGUGCCAACUGCCCCCAUAUGUCAAUUAGUGCUUGCAUGCCAUUUGUCCACCUAGUGAGUCAUACCAUUCUUCCCAAGGUUGUCCUGCACCAUCUAAAUCACCCCAUCAAUUAGUAUUUGUAAUAAAGAACCAAUAACAAAAUCUGAUCCAUUGUAGGAAAUGGCUGACAAUCAGAACAGAAGAUUUAGAUUUUGCAGGUGUUUUUGCCACAGAGUUAUUCACAAAAGAUGGAUCUUGAGCCUAAUUCAACCACAGAAGCUAGCUAGAUGCACAUGAACAUAUGAUGGAGCAAUAAGCUCAUGUCAUCAAUCGGUGUGGAAUAUUCUAACACUCUUUCAAAUGCACGUGUUCUUCCACACAAGGCAAUUCCCAAACCAUCCAUGGAUUCUGUGCCAAGGGACUUAUCGCGAAGAGCUCUCCCAAACAAGGUGUUACUUAGGAAUUCGUCCAAGAAAAUCUGGAGUGUGGGGAUAACUGAAACCAGAGAUGAUAUCUUCUUCCAAGAUGGUUGGGAAAAGUUUGUGGAGGACAACUCUAUUAAACAAGGAUAUGGCUUGGUUUUCGAGUACGAUGGUCAUGGCAUGUUUGAUUUCUUAUUAUUUGACAAAUCUCAUUGCGAAAAGGUAGCAAAAUCAGAUACAAGGAUCUGCGCCAAGGAAUCAAAUGCUGUUCCAGUGGAUUCAGGCAAUUGUACUAUGAUUCUGGCUAUCAAGAAAGAAGAAGAGAUUGAUGAAACAAACAAGGCUGGUCAUAGUGUUGGUGGUGAUGAUUAUGAUGAUGAUGACAAUGAUGAUGAUGAAGAUGAUGGUGGUGAGGAAGAUGAUCAUAUGCCGGAUCAUACGCAUUCUGCAGGUGGAGGGAGGAGAGGUCCACAAGCUGGGGAGGGAAGCUCAAGCAAGAGGCCUAGGGAUGUUCCUGAUCAUUAUGGAGCUCGCAUUUUCAAGUCUGGGCAUUAUACUCAGCCAACAAACCCUUACUUUCUGGCAAGAAUCAGGUCAACAAGGCGCAAUGAGCUGUACAUACCAAUGGAUAUCAUGAAGGGGUUUGAGUUUCCUCCAAGUUUAAUCCUUCGUGACCCGAAGGGCAAAGAGUGGGAAGUGAAGACAAAGGUUUGGUGCGAUGGGCGGAGAUGGGUGACCGGCGGGUGGAGGAGUCUAUGCCGAUGGAACCUUGUGGAGAAAGACGAUAGGCUCGUCUGUGAGAUUUUGCUACCGGAGAAGGGAAGGGGCAAAAUGGUCUUGCAUGUCUCCACCAUCAUCAGGGAGGCUUCCAAGUACACUUGAGCAAAAAUGGACAACAGGUGGCCUAUUUCAGCCUGAGGUGAGUGAUGACUUCAUGAGUUUCUUGAUUACUAUGAGUGUGUUAAUUUCUUGAUUACUAUGAGUGAUGACUUUAUGAGUUUCUUGAUUACUAUAUGGAUGAGAGAUUUGAUUGUUGCCAUUCUUGCUCUCAUGGUAGUUUCUGUGAUAAAACAAUUGCUGCUUUAUGAUCCAAAUCUGUAGUUUAUAAAAUUGUAUUUCCAUU